UCACAGCACGAACAUAUCGCGAGAACAGCCACAAGUCUUCUCAGGUGACAGCUAAUUGACAGCUUGAGCACGCACUGUGAGCGUCAAUUUCUUCUUAGGAAAGAACUUUAUCAGGAAAGGAAACAUGCCGAUGAACAACAACCAGAAGUUUCAGAGUGCAGCUGCCAGACUGGCCAAGCUGCCCCUUGUUCGUUCAGCCUGCAGCACAGUGUCAGUGUUGUACAUUGACACUAAAAGCAGCCAUCCUAACCUGAGGUCUGUGUGUGAGGUGCUGGAGAGCCGUGUGACAGCUAUAAGCACAGCAGCCUGUGACAAAAUGACACCUGUCAUGGUCAGACUGGAGCCACAGAUUUCGAUUGUUAAUGAUGUCGCAUGUAAAAGUCUUGACUGGCUGGAGACUACGUUCCCAGUGCUUCAUGCACCCACAGACCAGGUUGUUGCUGCUGCCAGGAACAAGAUGAAUGAGAUCCAGGAUGUGGUGAGCAUUACAGCUAAUGGGACUGUGGAUACAGUCACAUGGCUGAUGGGGAGGAUACAGCAGGUGGAUGAGCAGACCAACCAGCCGCUUGUGCAGAGAGCCAUCGGUGUAGCUGAUGUGGGACUGGAUUCUGCUCUGAUCAUGUCAGAGACCCUGAUGGAACACAUGCUUCCUCUGUCUGAGGAAGAUAAAGAAGCAGAGGCUCACCUGUUGGAGGGUUUCGAGGUGGCUACACUCAGGAGAAGUUAUCGUGCCCGACUUCUUUUACUCGCUGCUAGGCUGUGCAGCAGGACCUAUCACCUGGUUGGCUCCAAGAUUCAGUCUGUUCAGUUGAUGGAGAGUUUGUCCAGGUCUUCAGGUCGGAUUCAGGACCUUCAGACCAGCUGGCUGACCAUCUCCUUGAGCAUCCAGGAGCUGCCUCAGUAUCUGCAACAUCAGCUUGUGUCUGUUCUCUUCUUUAUCUCACAGAUGUACAACUUGAGCAGCUCACAAUCCCAACAGCAACAUCAAGAUAGGGCCCAUCUCAAUGCUGCUGGGACCUCCACUCAUAGGGACGUGGUUUGGGUUCAAUCAAGAGCUACACCCACCCCACGAGCAAGGAGACCAACAAAAAUGUCUCCUUUUGAAAAUGGUUCUAAUGGAAAAGGAUGGGUUCAUCGUUGAUCCAGUGUUCUUGUGCUUUUCUGAUAUGUUAGUGUGAUGAAACUGUAACUUAAAACUGUACAGGCUCUGAUAAUAAAUGUUUAAGAUUCAUGAACUCUGA